UCGUCGGAUUCGGUUCUCGGCAGCGGACGGAUUUUAUUGGAAUUGUGGAAUUGCGAGGCCAAAGAGCUUAAUUAAAAUGCAAUAAAAUGUGUUCAAAGCAAUUCGGAUGAUCGCGGAUGAGCAACAACAAUGCGCCGCGCCAUAGAUUAAUAAUCGCCUUUGGUUAUCUGCGAAUUGAGGAAGCCAGAGUUCGCGAGUGGAAAUUUCGAUUUUUGUAUUGUUUGUUGCCAUGCCUAGAAAUGCUUGUGCGAAAUGGGCACUAGCAGACUGUAAGGCAUAUUAAAUUCGCAUAGGCGCAGUGUUUGGGGGCGAGAAAUAUAAAUAAUUUAUUUGUUUAUUCGAGCGUUCGGCGGCUUGCCAAAUUAAUCGCUCUCUCCUUCUGGCAUUUCCACUCUCUUCUUUACGCGCCUUUCAUUCACUUGCGCGCGUGUGUGGGUGGCUGUGCGUGUGAGUGCGAGUGACGUAAACAAAUGCACUAAAGCGAAUGAGUGCAAGAAUUUGAAAAAUGCGAUAGUCGAUUCACGUGCCAAAAAAAAGUAACAACAAAAGGAAAAAUCAAGAGUGAGCGAGAGAGAGAGAAGGAACAACUCAAGCAGCAACAAAUUGACAUAACAGUAUAGUUCUCGCCUCUCUGUUUUGUGCACCGUAUUCGUUGCAUUUUCCUGGCUCAGCUGUGCAAUUUCUCCUUGGUGUUGGUGAGCGCAACACGUUUGUGUGCGAGUGGGAGAGCUAGAGAGAGAGUACGUAAACUCCUCUGCCAGCGUCGCAGCCGCAGUCGACGUCGGCAGCGUGCGUCAUUGAUGCGACAGAUUGGGACAGCUUGAAGUAACUCUUUCAAAUAAUAUAAGAAGACGACCCACUGGGACGGCAGUCAAUGUCUGAUUGGGAGUGGACCGUCUGGAACUGGGUCUCUUCCGUCUUUAUAUGACUGAUAAUGGCCGUCUGCCCUGCCCAAAACCACAAUUGCAACCACAGUGCGCCACCACAAUGGCCAAACAAAAUGAAUAUUUGAAAAUUUGGAAACAUAUCAAGUGGCGAAAUGAAAAGUAAACAAAGCGAACUGAAUUAUUAUAAAAUCGAGAUUUAUGCGAGAGAACAUAUAAAAAAUACACCCGUAUUUAUAGAAUAAACUGGGCAACUGGGAAAUAAACAUUCAUGCAACGGAAUCGAAGUGCCAUAGUGAAACGCGAGUGUUUGCAAGUGGUUUGCUCUGUUUAGUCAAUAUAGAAUCAUACAAAACAUAUCGCCAAUUAUAUAGAUAUAUAUAUACAUAUAUAAUAUAUAGAAUACCACCGACCAGCCAGGCAGAGCAUCGACAAUAUGACAAUAUCGGGCGGCAAUCAACAUAAUAACAAUGCAAAUCGCAAAUAUGAAAAACUCAUUAAGCAGCCGCAGAUGCAAUUUGGAACGUCCGUGACCGGAACCCAAACGGAUGUGAACUCCGGCGGAGAUGCGAAUGCGUCUGAUGUUGGCCAGGACUUUAGCAAUUUCAAUAAGCAUUUCGGCAAUGGUCAUGCCAUCACAGAUCGCACAAUGCUGCUGCCUUUGGAGGACGAUGUCACCACCGCCGGCGGCGGCAUUGUCACGUACAAGGGGAAAUCGAAUGGGAAUGGAAAUGGAAAUGGAAAUGGGAACGGGAUCGGGAGUAUCAGCCUGGAUUUCAACGGCAGUCCUACCUCAUCAACGUCAAUUGGCAUCGCCGGCAGUGGCAGCAGCAGCAGCACCACCCACCUGACAGGUGGUGGCGGUGGAUUAGGUGGCGGCUCCGAGCCAGGCGGCUGGUUGUGCCAUUGUUGUAAUUUAAUUGCACGUCGCUGCUUUGGCAUCAACGUUCGACGAUGUGUCCUGGCGCUUUUGGCCAUUACGGUGGUUAGCAUUUUCUACUACACGCAUUAUGUAGAUACGGGCGUGUUUAAUGGUCUCAUCCAACGCGACACUCAUCCCGCUCCCAUCAUCAACUGCCGCAUGAUGAACUCGGGUGGCAAGCACAUCCGGGAUGCCUCCCCAGCGCCAGAUCAUCGUUCCGAGGCUCGAUUACGAAUCGAUCCCAAAGUGCUCGUUUUUGUGGAGACCACAUAUUCCGGAUUGGGCAGGGACAUUGCCGAGCUGCUCGUCUACAAUCGGAUCAAAUACAAAAUCGAAGUGGCGGGCAAGAGUCUGCCAGUUCUCACCAAUCUGGAUAAAGGUCGCUAUGGCGUGAUUGUGUUUGAGAAUCUGGACAAGUACCUCAAUAUGGACAAAUGGAAUCGUGAGCUGUUGGACAAAUAUUGUCGGGAGUACUCCGUGGGAAUUGUGGGCUUCGUGAGUCCCAGCGAGGAGACUCUAGUGGGUGCCCAACUGCGGGACUUUCCGCUGUUUGUCAACACCAAUCUGAGGCUCAGAGAUGCCAGCCUUAAUCCCUCUUCAUCGGUGCUUCGAUUAACUCGAGCGGGGGAAACGGCCUGGGGAGCUCUGCCCGGUGAUGACUGGGCUGUUUUCCAGCAUAAUCACAGUACCUACGAGCCAGUGGAGUGGGCUCAAAGAAACACUCAAGAAUAUCCAGCGGAUAGUGUGGGCCAGGUGCAGCUACCUUUGACGACUGUCCUCCAAGAUCGUGGACAGUUGGAUGGCAUACAAAGAGUUCUCUUCGGGAGCAGUUUACGUUUCUGGCUUCAUCGUUUGGUAUUCCUAGAUGCCCUGAGUUAUCUAAGUCAUGGUCAACUUAGUCUUAAUCUAGAGCGUAUGAUUCUAGUGGAUAUAGAUGAUAUAUUUGUGGGUGAAAAGGGCACGAGGUUGCGACCAGAUGAUGUUCGGGCACUGAUAGCCACGCAGAAAAAUAUAGCCGCCAUGGUGCCUGGGUUCCGGUUUAAUCUGGGAUUCUCGGGAAAGUACUACCACCAUGGCACGAGGGAGGAAAAUCUCGGAGAUGAUUUCCUGCUGCAGAACGUCCAAGAGUUCAACUGGUUCUCACAUAUGUGGAAGCACCAGCAGCCCCAUUUGUAUGAUAACCUAACCCUCCUGAUGGCAGAAAUGCACUUAAAUUACGCCUUUGCCAUGGAUCACAAUAUACCCACGGAUUCGGGUUACUCCAUAUCACCACAUCACUCGGGCGUCUAUCCCGCCCAUGAACUACUGUAUUUAGCUUGGAAGAAGGUGUGGAACGUAAAGGUUACGUCCACAGAGGAGUAUCCUCAUUUGAGGCCCGCUCGCUUGAGGAGAGGAUUCAUCCAUCGCAAUAUAAUGGUGUUGCCACGGCAAACUUGUGGUCUAUUCACACACACCAUGUACAUUGAUCGCUAUCCGGGGGGUAGGGAUAAGCUGGAUGAAUCGAUACAGGGAGGAGAACUCUUCCAGACCAUCGUGUACAAUCCCAUCAACAUCUUCAUGACGCACAUGUCCAACUAUGGAUCGGAUCGUCUGGCUCUGUACACAUUCCAAUCGGUGAUCAAGUUCCUGCAGUGCUGGACCAAUCUUAAGUUGGCCUCGGCGCCGCCAGUUCAGCUGGCCGAGAUGUACUUCCGGCUGCAUCCGGAGGAGGUGGAUCCGGUGUGGGGCAAUCCCUGUGACGAUGUGCGGCACAAGAAGAUCUGGUCGAAGACCAAGAACUGCGAAUCGCUGCCAAAGUUUCUGGUGAUUGGUCCGCAGAAGACGGGCACCACAGCUCUGUACACAUUCCUAUCCAUGCACGGCAGUAUUGCGAGUAAUAUCGCCAGUCCCGAAACCUUUGAGGAGGUGCAGUUCUUCAACGGGAAUAAUUACUAUAGGGGGCUGGAUUGGUACAUGGACUUCUUCCCCUCGGAAACGCUGCCCAAUACAAGUUCCCCGAUGCCCACGCAGCUGGGAUCGCCGCGCUUUAUGUUCGAGAAGAGUGCUACCUACUUCGAUGGCGAGGCUGUGCCGAAGAGAACUCAUGCCCUGUUGCCACAUGCCAAGAUCGUGACGAUUCUAAUAUCGCCGGCAAAGAGGGCCUACUCCUGGUACCAACAUCAACGUUCCCACGGCGAUGUUAUUGCCAAUAACUAUAGUUUCUAUCAGGUCAUAACGGCAAGUGACUCGGCACCCAGGGCGCUGAAGGAUCUGCGAAACCGGUGCCUAAAUCCCGGUAAGUACGCCCAGCACUUGGAACACUGGCUGGCCUACUAUCCCGCCCAGCAGCUGCACAUCAUCGAUGGCGAGCAGUUGCGCCUGAAUCCCAUCGAUGUGAUGAACGAGCUGCAGCGCUUCCUGAAAAUCCAGCCGCUGCUCGAUUAUUCAAAUCACCUGCGAUACGACGUGAAGAAGGGCUUCUACUGCCAGGCCGUCAGCGAGAAGCGCAAUAAAUGCCUCGGAAAGUCCAAGGGCCGUCAGUAUCCCACGAUGGAUGAGCGCAGUGCCAAGCUGUUGCAGCGAUACUAUCUGAAUCACAAUACGGCGCUGGUGAAGUUGCUCAAAAAGCUGGGCUCGCGGCCAAUACCGCAGUGGCUCAAAGACGACCUGUCCACGGGCACGUGAUAGCAGCUGUUCGGCGGAGGAGGAGUGGGCGGCGGCAGCAUAGGAGGCAUUAAGUAUCGCAAAUUGCGGGCAAAACUCAGGAAACAGUUGCAUUGGCUGCAUCUGGCGGCCGAAAGUGCGGAGGACGCUCAGCGACGACGACGUCACAACUGACAGGAAGGAAAUGAGGCGAAAAUGCUAUGGAAAAUCUAUCAGACAUGUUCUAGUUUUCACUCUCGGCAAGCUUUUGCAGUGGCGAUUAUUUAAGAUCUGUAGAUUGAUGGGAAAUUUACAUACUAACAUUACUAGUUAAAUGUCCAAUGAAAUAUUUUGAAAGCUCUAAGUAAACUAAAAGUAAUAUUUAUUUUGCUAAAAAUUUAUUUUAGUAUUUUAAAAUGUUUGUAAGACAAUACUGUUUGAACAACUCUUUAGUUUAAUUCGAAAAUAUCUAAAAUCACAUUUUUUAUCCCAGUGCAAUCGCUAGCCGAAAGUGAAUAAUGGAAAAGGGCAGGCCUAUGAACAGCUUAAAAAACAGCUGCUGUAGAAAAAACUAUAAAUUAAGAAGGAAAAAAUAACAUAAUUAGUCGCUUUUAACAUGCAUAAAUCUUUUUUGUUGUUGCUAUUGCAGCUAAUUAAUGUCAGUGCAGUUGUCAGCUAAAGUUGUACAGUGUGUGAGUGCGUAUCUGUGUGUUUAUCUGCGAACAUUGUGUAAAUAGGCGUGUGUGUGUGUGUGUGUGUAUGCUUGCGCAUUAUAAAUUAUCAUAAAUAAUAUCAUGAGGCAUCAUGAAUAAAUGCAUAAAUGCGCUUUGUUAGUUGUUUAAUGUUUAUUAGUCGGUAAUGGCGAAUUAAGCGCCUAAUUAAGUUAACGCAUAAUCCAGCACUUUCGUUAUUACCUCAGACACCGAUUCAGCUCUCCGCAUCCUAAAGACUCGAUCAAAUAACUUUUGACAACUCUAAAGCCCAUACUAUACUAUUCACACGGCAGCUGCAGAAACCGUACUGUGUACUUUAAGCAAUUUUAAAUCCAUGCCAAAACUGUGAGUUCGUUCCAGCAGUUAACGAGUGCUACAUCAAUGAAACAGAUAUCUAUAUCGGAAUAGUACGUUAAGCAUAAGGCUGCCUCUAUCCCCUAAGUGUAUUAUAGAUGUUUUUAGCCUAAGCCUAGUGAGUAGACCCGAAAUGCGCUUGUCACAGGCCUCGAUGUAAAACUGUAAAGCUCUAGUUGUAUUUUUAACGCAGCACUAAGCAAAGCUCUAUUGUAUAGUUGGAUAUAUGCGUAACUGUAUGAGAACUAGUUCAAGUUUAGAUUGGUAAUGCGACAAUAAUAAAAGCGAAAAUUAUUGCAAGUGUAAA